AUGGCGGCAAAACCCCAAAGACCCCAGCUCAGUUUCACUCCUCCUCUGUUCAAUUCCGCAACCCCAUGGGCCAGCUCCGAAGAAGAUCUAGCAGCACUGUACCACUCGCCACACACGGGUGCCGUCACUACUCGGACCUCGCUCCUCGUCCAAGGCUUCCUCGAGAAUAAAUCUAUCCACCAGGCCGUUCUGUUCUCAACCACGGAUGCCAAAGUUGCCAACACAUCCCUAAAUACUUAUGGAUACUCUCCGCACCCGCUUGAAUACUACCUGACAUCCAUCAAGAACAUAAUCACAGCUUCCAAAGCCCCGCAAUCGAAACCGUUCAUUGUCUCAAUCACGGGUGACCCCACAGAGAUACAGAAUGCAGUGACCAAAAUUGCAGCAUUUGCGAAGGAAAACUCAUACGAGCUUCUGGUGGAGAUAAACCUUUCCUGCCCUAACAUAGCAGGCAAGCCUCCACCUGCCUACAACCUCGCUGGACUGCAAUCGUACCUUCAGGCGCUUUCUACCCUUACUCUCGCUGUGCCAAUCCAGAUUGGACUAAAGACCCCACCGUACACCCACGAUGAUCAGUACCGUGUGCUUAUCGAUGCGUUGAAGCAGUACCCAGAGGCAGUAUCGUUUAUAACAAGUACGAACACGCUUGGAUCCUCGCUGCACUUGUCGUCACCGCCGUCGUUGGCUGUGGGGAGACGGACGGUGUAUCAGCCGACGCUGUCGUCGGAAUCGGGGACUGGGGUUGGCGGUCUCGGGGGAUCGUGUAUUCACUGGUUGAGCUUGGGGAAUGUAGCUACCAUUAGGAAGCUGCUUAAUGUGGAGGAGGAACUGAAGGAUAUUUCGGUCAUUGGGGUUGGGGGGGUCGCGGAUAGGGGUGCAUGGGAGAGGAUGCUGAGUGUUGGUGCUGCGGCUGUUGGGGUGGGGACGGCGGUCGGGUGCCAUGGUGUGGGUGUAUUUGAGAUGAUAGUGAAUGGUCAGACGAGUACGGAGGCUGAGUAUAAUGUGAGGAUUUAA